GGAGUGGCCUGUUAUUUAUUCAAGUAGCAGGUGAAAUCGGUGUCCCUUCUGAGGCAUGAACAUGUAUGCAGUGCCCAGCCCGGGGAUACCCGGCUGUCCGCCUGGACUGGAGUACCUCACUACGGUGGACCAGCUUUUGAUCAAACAGAAAGUAGAAGUGAUUGAAGCCCUGGUUGGUUUUGAAAGCAAUAACAAGUAUGAAGUUCGCAAUACGAUGGGUCAGAAUGUGUUCUACGCUGUGGAGGAGAAUGACUGCCUGAGUCGACAGUGCUGUGGGCCUAUGCGCUCCUUCACUAUACACAUCCUGGACAACUACGGCCAGGAGAUCAUCACCAUCAUGAGGCCGCUCAGGUGCAUGUCCUGCUUCUUCCCCUGCUGUCUACAAGAGCUGGAGGUGCAGGCGCCCCCUGGGAACACGGUGGGGUAUAUUACGCAGCAGUGGCAUCCACUUUCACCCAAAUUCAUAGUGGAGAAUGAGCUUAAAGAGCCUGUGCUGAGGAUCCACGGGCCUUUCUGCGGAUGGAGCUGCCUUCCAGAUGUUGACUUUGAGAUUAUAACAAUGGAUGAGACCAGUAAGAUUGGAAAAAUCAGCAAACAGUGGUCGGGACUUCUUCGAGAGGCAUUUACUGAUUCAGACAACUUUGGCAUUCAAUUUCCCAUGGACCUCGAUGUCAGGAUGAAAGCUGUGAUGAUCGGUGCCUGUUUCCUCAUUGAUUUCAUGUUCUUUGAAUCAACCAACUGAUGGGCCAACGUGAAAUAAAAUGAACAUUUGUGAAAGAAGGCCACAAAGCCAUUUUAAUCAUUUCUUUCAUAGAACAAUCUUCAGACCGGUAGUAUUAAUUAAAUAGGUACCUCAGUGUUUCUAUUGUGCAUGAACAGUGACGUAGGGGGUCUUAGUCAUGACUGCACAGGUUGGUGGUUAAACAUGUUGCUGGUUGAACAUGUGGUCUGGGCAGUGUGCAGAACCUUGUUAUAGACAAAGGAAGUGUGUGUUUACAAAAUGGCUCCUGGGCCUUAGCUAGUAAUGACUACACUUGAAUAGCAUACAUGUUACGAGGCAAGACUUGUGUUUUGAAGCUGGUUUGAAUGCCGAUAAGUCAGUUGAUGAGCACGAGUCUAAGGUUUGUUAGAUUCAGUACAAUUAGUAUAAGCCAGUUUGCUUGUAGCUUUAUUGUGUUGAAACUGAAUGACACAGGCAAUGUAGUAGUAGUUGAUUUUAGUCCUUUUAACAUUGAACAAUGUGUGCACUAUAUGUGUUGUGAGCUAUGAAUGUACUGUGUACUGAAGCAUAGUAUAUUAUAAGAUACCUUGUGGUAUUUUCAAUGCCAUAUAUACGUGUUGCCAACACUGCUGAGGUUGUUCUUUGGCUAGACUUUUGUGAUUGAACUGGAUUUUGUUCCGAUUUAGUCCACAAGAGGGAGCUAGCUUGUCAGCAAAAACAAACCCAGCCUCUAUGAAAGAACUCCUCAUUUGCUAAUGCCAUAGGUUUUUAUUCAGAUGUUGUAUAUUUUUGGACAAACUCAGGUUGAAAUGCAUGCUACUGUAGUGCUAAUGUUGACUGCUGUUGGCAAUGAGAAUUAACAAAUAGGAUAAAGGACAGAUCAGUAUUUAAGAAUUAUUUUGUACACUACUUUAUUUUUAAUUAGAUCAUUAAUUGCCAUUUAUAUUAAAAUAUAUUUCUGCAAUGCAAUGCAGCCUGCUCCAUUUUAUCAUCACACAUGGUCAUGUAGCUAAUACAUUGUCCAUUGUUAUCAGAUCUAUAGGAGCUGAUGUUUUUUUCCAUAAUUCUACAGUAUUUGAGCUCUAACUCUGUUUUCAUUUGUUUUAGGGUUUUGUAUAUACACUGCCAGUGGAGUGUUAUGUGAUUGCUUUCAUGUAUUUUCACUCUUUUGUAAAGUCAAGUUGAUAGAUUAAUUUAUUACUAAUGAGCAGCUGAGUUUACAACUUUAAGUGUAAUUCCAGAUUUGUGAUCGCUGUUUUUGCUGUAAUGUCAUUGUUUAGGUAUAAAGGUGGGUAUGACCAUCCUAAUAACACAUUUAAAUUAACUUUAGCCAUUAGAUUGAGAUUGCUGCCUGACGUGUUUCAAGUGCCACCCAGAAUGAACAGCAAUAUUCAAAAGGAAAGUGUGUGUAUUAUAAGUAUUGACUUGGAGCUACACAGCAUAUGAACACUGCAAGGAGAUUUUGUGUGAGAUGCUGGUGCUACAUCUCGUGAAGGCUUUGAUUGUGUAAAAACCAAAAUGUGGGUUUUUAAAAAUAAAAAGGAAUCUUUAGCUACAACAGUGUUUAGCUAUUCUCCUAUGUUCCUUAUUUUAAAUAGAUUACCUAUUCUUCUACUUUUGCACUGAAACUGUGAACUAACUGUUUUGUCAUGCAAUGGAUGCAAACACAUUUUGUGUGCAAAGCUAAAGUUGUGUCAUGAUAUUGAUAACACAAUAAAAAUGUUGACCAGUUUUGACC